AUGGCCUUGGCGACUGCUAAGCUUUUGUAUAUGUUCGUUCAAGAAAAUGCGCAAAGACUGAAAGAGCGCGCGAGUGGGACUUAUGACCAUCGUCGCCAGACGGUUGAGAGCCUGGUUACUCUAACUAACGCCUACGCGUCAAAAACCGCUACUUCCGGGGUCGGCGUGGUCCUCGCAUCUAUUCAUACUGACAGUUUGGACUGGUUGCUCGACUACUGUAAGGAAACUGGCAGCACACCUUUCAUAUACACUGGCGAACGGCCCCCCGAACCUGGCCUUCUUGUUGCUCCCACCCUCCGCGGUCGCGAAUCUCCAGCCUAUCUCUCCUACAUCGUUGACUUUUACGACCGUCUCCCCGACUACUCCCUUUUCGUCCACGCAUGGCCGGAGCAGUGGCAUAAUGAUCUGUUCGGAGACCGCACUAUGGAUACCUUGAGAGUGCUCCGGUUUGAGUCAGUCGAUGCCCGCGGCUAUGUCAACCUUCGUUGCGAACACAAUCCAGGCUGUCCGGCAGGUGUAUGGCCUCUUACUCCAUCUGAAGCCGAUAUUGAAAAGGGCGACAUUCGCGCACAGUUUGCCUUGGCCUAUGAACAAAUAUUUAAUGCGACCCGUGAGCAAGUUCCAGGCGAGCUUGGAAAUGUCUGCUGCGGUCAAUUUGCCGUGAGUCGAGAACGGAUCCAGGCACGGCCCAAGGAGGACUAUGAAAGGAUAUUGGAGUGGGCGGCUACGACAGACUUGACAGAUGAUUUCGGGGUGGGAUGGGUGCUUGAAAAACUCUGGCAUGUCAUUUUUGGCAUGGACCCUGUGUAG